UCCUCGGGAGAUGCCGCUGCAGUUGCGCACGCCUCCGCGGGUCCGGCCGCUGCACAGUCUUAGCGCCCGGCUGUCGGAGGGCGCACCCGAAACGGGCCAUGCAGCCUGAGGCGGCGUUGCAGGCCGUGCUGCUAACCGUGCUGCUGGCGGGUCCGCGAGGCGCCCCUGGGCGCCUGCUGAGCGCCUCGGACUUGGACCCCAGAGGAGGACAGUUGGUGUGCCGGGGAGGGACACAGAGGCCUUGUUAUAAAGUCAUUUACUUCCAUGAUGCUUCUCGAAGACUGAACUUUGAGGAAGCUAAAGAAGCCUGCAGGAGGGACAGCGGCCAGCUGGUCAGCAUCGAGUCUGAAGAUGAACAGAGACUGAUAGAAAAGUUCAUUGAAAACCUCUUGGCAUCUGAUGGUGAUUUCUGGAUUGGACUCAGGAGGCAUGAAGAGAAACAAAACAACAGCACAGCCUGCCAAGACCUUUAUUCUUGGACUGAUGGCAGCUCAUCAAAAUUUAGGAACUGGUACGUGGACGAGCCUUCCUGUGGCAGCGAGGUCUGUGUGGUCAUGUACCAUCAGCCAUCGGCACCUGCUGGCAUCGGGGGUCCCUACAUGUUCCAGUGGAAUGAUGACCGGUGCAACAUGAAGAACAAUUUCAUUUGCAAAUAUUCUGAUGAGAAACCAACAGCUCCUUCUACAAGGCCAGGAGGUGCAGCAACAGAGCCAGCUACGCCCAUACUUCCAGAAGAAGCACAAAAAGAAGAUACCAAAGAAACAUUUAAAGAAAGUAAAGAAGCUGCCUUGAAUCUUGCCUAUGUCCUAAUCCCCAGCGUUCCCCUCCUCCUUCUCCUUGUGGUCACCACAGUUGUAUGUUGGGUUUGGAUCUGUAGAAGGAGAAAACGGGAGCAGCCAGAACCUAGCACCAAGGAACACCGCACCAUGUGGCCCGCUCCUCACCAGGAGAACAGCCCAGACCUAGAGGUCUACAACGUCAUCAGAAAACAAAGUGAAGCCGACUUAGCUGAGACCCGGCCAGACCUGAAGAAUAUUUCAUUCCGGGUAUGUUCCGGAGAAGCCACUCCUGACGAUGUGUCUUGUGACUAUGACAACAUGGCUGUGAACCCAUCAGAAAGCGGGUUCAUGACUCUGGCGAGCGUGGAGAGUGGAUUUGUGACUAACGACAUUUAUGAGUUCUCCCCGGACAGAAUGGGGAGGAGCAAGGAGUCUGGAUGGGUGGAAAAUGACAUAUACGGAUAUUAGGAUGCAUGGGGAAAAAAAAGAAAAGAACUUUCAAGAAUGAGAAAGAAAUAAGAAACAAAAUUCUCCUUUUUUUUUUUUUUUUUUUGACAGGCAGAGUGGACAGUGAGAGAGAGACAGAGAGAAAGGUCUUCCUUUUUGCCAUUGGUUCACCCUCCAAUGGCCGCCGCGGUAGCGCGUUGCGGCCGGCGCACCGCGCUGAUCCGAUGGCAGGAGCCAGGUGCUUCUCCUGGUCUCCCAUGGGGUGCAGAGCCCAAACACUUGGGCCAUCCUCCACUGUACUCCCUGGCCACAGCAGAGAGCUGGCCUGGAAGAGGGGCGACCGGGACAGGAUCGGUGCCCCGACCGGGACUAGAACCCGGUGUGCCGGCGCCACAAGGCGGAGGAUUAGCCUGUUGAGCCACGGCGCCGGCUUUUUCUCCUAUUUUCUAUGAGGAAAAUAUUCAGAAGGUCUAUGAAAAUGCUCAGAUCAGCAUGUGAUCCCCAGUAGCCCAAGUUCGGGCUGAAUCCUUUACCCCAGCCUCUCACCUCGCUCAAUCUUGUGAGGAAGCACCUGCCCAAAGCCCGGCACCUAGGAGAGUCUCGGUGAGUGGCAGCUGAUCAUCAUUGUCCCUUAACUGGCAGGGAUAAGUGUGUGACUUUGGGGUUUGGAAAUCGCGUCUUAAAGAUGCAUUUUCCUUGCCCUGAUCUGCAGCACACACUUUAUACCAAAGAGACGAAACUACAGCAUCUUUUCAAAGCCCAUGUAUGGUAGCCCCAGGCUGGCCUGCACAACACUGAUUCUCAUAUCCGUUUUUUUUUUUUCUUUUUUU